AUGACUAACAUUAACAUACGCCAGAUAAAAGAGAUGGCACCGCCCCCGAUUAUGACUCAGACUAACAUGGGGCUCAUAGAAGUGAUGGCACCGCCCCCGAUUAUGACUCAGACUAACAUGGGGCUGAUAGAAGUGAUGGCACCGCCCCCGAUUAUGACUCAGACUAACAUGGGGCUGAUAGAAGUGAUGGCACCGCCCCCGAUUAUGACUCACACUAACAUGGGGCUGAUAGAAGUGAUGGCACCGCCCCCGAUUAUGACUCACACUAACAUGGGGCUGAUAGAAGUGAUGGCUCCACCCCCAAUUAUGACUCACACUAACAUGGGGCUGAUAGAGGUGAUGGCUCCACCCCCGAUUAUGACUCACACUAACAUGGGGCUGAUAGAAGUGAUGGCUCCACCCCCAAUUAUGACUCACACUAACAUGGGGCUGAUAGAGGUGAUGGCUCCACCCCCGAUUAUGACUCACACUAACAUGGGGCUGAUAGAAGUGAUGGCUCCACCCCCAAUUAUGACUCACACUAACAUGGGGCUGAUAGAGGUGAUGGCUCCACCCCCGAUUAUGACUCACACUAACAUGGGGCUGAUAGAGGUGAUGGCUCCACCCCCGAUUAUGACUCACACUAACAUGCGGCUGAUAGAGGUGAUGGCUCCACCCCUGAUUAUGACUCACACUAACAUGGGGCUGAUAGAGGUGGUGUCUCCACCCCCGAUUAUGACUCACACUAACAUGCGGCUGAUAGAAGUGAUGGCUCCACCCCCGAUUAUGACUCACACUAACAUGGGGCUGAUAGAGGUGAUGGCUCCACCCCCGAUUAUGACUCACACUAACAUGGGGCUGAUAGAAGUGAUGGCUCCACCCCCGAUUAUGACUCACACUAACAUGGGGCUGAUAGAGGUGGUGUCUCCACCCCCGAUUAUGACUUACACUAACAUGGGGGUGAUAGAGGUGGUGUCUCCACCCCCGAUUAUGACUCACACUAACAUGGGGCUGAUAGAAGUGAUGGCACCGCCCCCGAUUAUGACUCACACUAACAUGGGGCUGAUAGAAGUGAUGUCACCGCCCCCGAUUAUGACUCACACUAACAUGGGGCUGAUAGAAGUGAUGGCACCGCCCCCGAUUAUGACUCACACUAACAUGGGGCUGAUAGAAAGUGAUGGCACCGCCACCGAUUAUGGCUCACACUAA